AUGGCAAGCACUCGAGAUUCGCAUUCGUUCGCAUGCGACGAGUGCCGCCUCAGAAAGUCAAGAGUGAGCCUUCGCCUCAUGAGCGAUUUGAGCAGUGGAGCGACUGCUAAUGCCAGGGAAAGUGCUCGAAAGAUCGGCCGGCACUUGACAUACGUCGAAGAUCGUUUGCAUGCUUUCGAGACUGCUUUGAGUCGUUUAUUUCCGGGCGGCGAUCUUGACGCCACUCUCCGAUCCCUUUUACAAAAUCCAGAAAUCCCUCAAGCUGCAUCGUCAAAGUCGUCAUCGAGACACUCGACCCCGGCGAAAGUUGACGCCGAGCGAACCGAGCCUGCACCCGAGGCGUUGCCCAAGCAGGCCGAUGGCUUUGACUGGGCAGAGAAGGAGCUCGUACUUGGGGAUCUAGCUGACGGGAUGGCUGCCCUAUCCAUCAAGCCCGAAGGAGCGGGAUAUUUCGGAGCAUCUUCGAGCGUAGUUCCCCUACGAGCACUCUUCGAUCAUGGAUUCGACUUGAAUGUCCCCGUCCGCGCCUCAAGAUCCGGCGGGGUGCCUCUCAAAGCGCAACUUUUGCAGAGCGCACCCUCUGGCUUGAUUGAGCAAGCCUUCAUUGACGCCUACUUCUUGAACUAUCACACUAGUUAUCCCUUCGUUCACGAACCCACCUUUCGGGCACAAUUCAACGACCCCUCUCUUCGUCCGCACGGCGUCGCCUGGCAGAUUCUCCUCAACACGAUAUUAGCACUCGGAGCAUGGAGUAUUGGAGACGACAGCUCCGACCUCGAUGUCACAUUCUACCAGGAAGCCCGCGCGUGUCUGCAGCAAUUCUCAGUAUUCGAGAUCGGAAACUUGACCCUUGUUCAAGCCCUAUUGCUGCUGAGUAAUUAUGCUCAAAAGCGAAACAAGCCCAACACUGGCUGGAACUACCUGGGACUGGCUGUCCGUAUGGCCAUGAGCCUGGGGUUGCACAAGGAAUUUCCUGGUUGGAAAAUCAGCCUUCUUCAGCGAGAAAUCCGUCGCCGAUUAUGGUGGGGCGUGUUCAUCUUCGACAGCGGCGCUGCCAAAACCUUUGGUCGUCCUAUUCUCCUCCCCGAAGAGUGUGUAAUGGACUGCAAACAAGUCCUCAACAUUCAUGACGAAGCAUUGACCCCGGACACUACAACAUUGCCUCUCGAGUCUUCGGGCCCGACACUAUAUUCUGGGUUGAUUGCCCAAACCCAGUUCCACCUCCUCACUAAUAGCGUGUAUCAACGCUUGAUAUCUACUCCCAGUAUCACUGCGGAAGAGACAAUAAGCCUUCAAAGGCCCAUGGAAGAAUGGUACAACGGGCUACCAUCGUAUAUGCGCUAUCCUCUGCAGCCUCUCGCGGCGCCGCCCACCAAGCCCGAUCUUGACAACCUUGCGCUCGUUCGGUACCGUCUCCUUUGGCGAAACUGGAAUUUGACGAUCCUGAUUUAUCGCCCGAUUGUCCUUCGCUGGGCAGCCCGUCGCUGGGGUCCUCUGGGUGGUGGCUCCGACGGAUCAUCGGUCACUUCCGAUGGGGGUAGUGAAGAUCCCUGCGAGACUCAAUGCCGGUUGCGUUGCCUCCAAAACGCUCGUCUUACCAUCACCUCUAUUUCCGAAUACAUGGACAACUUUAUGUGCACUCGGAUUGGCGCGUGGUACAUGCUCUACUUCCUCUUCCAAGCCGGCCUCAUUCCCAUCGUGUUCUUCAUGACAGACCCGUCGAGUUCCGAUGCCUCAAGCUGGCUCCAGGACAUUGAAACCACCAAGGCGCUUCUGAUGCAUCCAUCGCUGGGCCACAACCAACUUGCCCAGCGAUGCUACGAGGUGAUCAAUAGGCUUCUUGGCCCGUCACCCACUAUCAUGUCUGCCUUUGCUUCUCAGGGCAACAUUCACCAGUCCUAUCCCCAACACCAGCAACAGCAGCCCUUACAACAAGGGUUCAUGCCAUUCCCCGAGCAACUAUUUAAUGACCCUGGCUUUGGAGGCAGCUUGUUCCCAGUUGAGCAACACAUGCCCGGUCAAAGUGGAAUGGACUUUUCCGAAUGGGUCAACUACCCGGUUGUCGAAUAA